AUGGCGAACAGUGGCGAACCCUCAACAACCUCCUCCUCCACAUUCUCCCAUGGCGUUCUCAAAAAAGUCAUCCUCCUCUAUGCAUAUGUGGCCUUCUGGAUUUUCCUCUCCUUCACUGUCAUUGUUUACAACAAGUACAUUCUCGACCACAAAAUGUAUAACUGGCCUUUUCCUAUAUCUUUAACUCUCAUUCACAUGGCUUUCUGUUCUAUUUUAGCUUGUCUGCUUGUUCGAGCCCUCAAAUGUGUUGGCGUCGACUCCCUCCCCAUGACUCGCCGACUCUAUAUGGAGUCAGUUGUCCCCAUUGGAGCUCUCUGUUCCCUCUCCCUAUGGCUCUCCAACUCUGCCUACAUUUAUCUAUCCGUUUCCUUCAUCCAAAUGUUGAAAGCUCUGAUGCCCGUCGCUGUUUACUCCAUUGGCGUGCUCUUCAAGAAGGAGAAUUUCAAGACUAAUGUUAUGGUUAAUAUGCUCUCCAUAUCAUUCGGAGUGGCCAUUGCUGCUUAUGGGGAGGCUAAGUUCGAUAUUUCGGGUGUGUUUCUACAGUUAGGAGCAGUUUCUGUUGAAGCUACAAGAUUGGUUUUGAUUCAGAUUUUGCUUACCUCUAAGGGCAUCAGUUUAAACCCAAUUACUUCACUUUACUACGUUGCACCUUGCUGCUUUAUCUUUUUAUUAAUACCCUGGAUGUUCAUGGAGUUGCCACUCUUGAGAGAGACGUCAACUUUUCAUUUCGACUUUCUGAUAUUUGGGACGAAUUCUUUUUGUGCAUUUGCCUUGAAUUUGGCCGUGUUCUUGUUGGUGGAUAAGACGUCGGCAUUAACCAUGAAUGUUGCGGGUGUUGUUAAGGACUGGUUGUUGAUUGCAUUCUCUUGGUCUGUAAUCAAAGAUAAAGUAACACUUGUGAAUUUGUUCGGUUAUGGACUUGCAUUUCUAGGGGUAGCUUAUUAUAAUCAUAGCAAACUGGCCGCCCUCAAGGAGGCUGAGGCGCAGAGAAGAGCUCGAGCAGCCGAUGAGGAGGCCGCCGGAUUUUUGAACCAACAAAACGAAGAGAACUAA